GCCAAGGCCGAAUUCGAAACCAGGUCUCGCAGGGGUGGCGCUCUACCUACUACACCACACUGCCUCUAUACAAAAUGCACUUUUAAUGGUUCCCACACGCACCCCCUCUUCUCUCCGAUUCCACCUCCCAGACCCAGCGAGAGUUAACCGCGCCGCCGCCGCCGCCGCGAGGAGGAGGGCCGCUGGGCGGCGCCCGAACCUCCCGGAUCCCACCCGAAAGGAGGCGCCACCGCCGGCGCCAGCGCCGCCGCCUCGCCCUCUUCAAGUUGGCACUUUGAAAAUGUCCCUGCCGUUUGCCCGGGAAAGCCGAGGUCGCCGGGGUCCCGCCUCGGCCUGCCUCCGACCGGGGCUUCCCUUUGCGCCCAAGCCCCGCUAGAGCGCGCCGGAUCCCGGCCCGGGAAAGCCCUUUCCCCCGCGCUGCACCUGCUCCUGCUCCUCCAUGCCCCGGCGCCAGCCAUGCUUCUCCGGCUCCUGCUGCUCGCCCUGCUCGGCCUGGGCCGGGCGCCGCGGCCGGGAGGCGUCCCGACGGCUUGGGGAGCCUCGGAGGCGCGCGGCGCGCACGGGGAUCCGCCGCUUGGAGGCGCCGAGGACGCGGGUGCGGAGGGAGACCCGUGGUGCCCGUACAAGGUGCUGAGCGAAGGCCCCGACGGCGGCGGAGGAGCCUCGGGGGCGCAGGGCGGGCGCCUGUGUUUCCGCAGCCGGGCGCGGGGCUUCCAGUGCGCGCCGCGGAGCUGCAAAGCGCACCGCUCGCCCGGGCGCGCCCUGCUGGCCAACGUACUCCUCAACGGCAGCGUCCUCCUGCAGUGGGGCUGGCCUCCCUUGCUGGCCGAGGGGGAAGAAGACGGCGACGACGAGGGAGCCGAAGCUCCCACCUCCUCGGCCGAGGUCGGCCUGCUGCGCGGCUUCUCGCUCUCGUGCUCGUGGGAAGGCGCCUACACGCGUUUCCAGUGCGACCGCGUCCAACUGGGCGCCGCUUGCCGCGACUACCUGCUGCAGGAUGCGCACGGCAGCGUCCGCUACCGCCUCUGCUUGCAGCCCCUCUUCGCUGCCGCCGCCAACGGCACCGAUCCUGAUUCUGCUCCUCCUGCCCGGUGGCCUCCGGAAUGCGUGGAGUUCACCGUGGAGCCGGCCGGCAUGCGGGAGAUCGUGGUCGCCAUGACGGCCGUCGGGGGCUCCAUCUGCGUCAUGCUCGUCUUCAUCUGCCUCCUGGUCGCCUAUCUCACCGAGAACCUCACGCCCCCCGCCGCGCCCGCCGCCAAGAGGGGAAACUGAGGCGGGGGUUAAGCCCCGAGGAGCGCGCAGUGAGACUCUGGCUGCCCUCGGGUGGACGGGGGAAGAGAGCCCAGCGAGCAACCUUUGAGCGCGCGCAUCAUGCCGAGGACGCAAAGCUAUGAUCCCUGCUCCGAAUUACUUUAUGUAAUCACGGGAGUAAGCCAUAACGGGGUGUAGCAUCCGAAGCCCACCCACCCCCCUUUCAGACUGGUUUCAAAUCGGAUGGGGGACCUGUGUGUGGAGAUUCUUGCAUUGCAGGGGGUUGGACUAAAUGACUCGGGGGUGCCUUCCAAUUCUGCAAUUCUAGUAUUUUUUCAGGUUUGCUUGGCUAUAAA